AAAACCCUCAUAAAUUUUCCCUUCGCUUGGGAGGCGUUUAUCAAUUAAAUUUACUGGUGGACCGUCGACGUCUCCCAUCAGGCUCUCCUUUUCUUGCUUCUACAUAAAGAAAUUUGAUUGUGUUUGUUUAGAUUCUGAAUUUUGGCCAAUUUUGUAGAUUGGCUAUUUUAUAAUGUCCAAGUUAACGGAAAGGAUGGAGCAAUGGAAGAUUGAACUAGACCAAUUGUUGCAACAAGGAAUUGAAUUUGCUCGUCAAAUUCCCCCGACUCAAUUAUAUGCUGCUGUCGGCGUUUUGAUCUUUACCACCAUUCUUUUGUUCUUUAAAUUAUUCAAACACUCAAAAUCUAAUACCAUUGUACUAACUGGGCUAAGUGGGAGUGGGAAAACAGUUCUGUUCUAUCAGCUUCGGGAUGGUUCUUAUCACCAGGGUACUGUUACAUCAAUGGAACCAAAUGAGGGCACUUUUGUGCUGCAUACUGAAAUUACCGAGAAGGGCAAAGUAAAGCCUGUACAUCUUGUUGAUGUUCCUGGGCAUUCCCGUCUCCGACCCAAAUUAGAAGAGUUUUUGCCUCAAGCAGCUGGCAUAGUGUUUGUUGUGGAUGCUUUGGAAUUCUUGCCAAACUGCCGUUCAGCUUCAGAAUACCUGUAUGAUAUCUUGACAAAGUCGAUUGUUGUAAAAAAGAAAGUUCCAGUUCUCAUCUGUUGUAACAAGACAGACAAAGUGACGGCACAUUCCAAAGAGUUUAUCAGAAAACAACUGGAGAAGGAAAUUGAUAAGCUACGAGCAUCAAGAAGUGCAAUUUCAGAGGCGGAUGUCACCAGUGAUUACACUCUGGGGAUGGCAGGAGAGGCGUUUGCAUUCUCUCAGUGCCAUAACAAAGUUACAAUGGCAGAAGCUUCUGGUUUGACCCGGGAAAUAUCUCAGAUAGAGCAGUUUAUUAGGGAGCAUGUGAAACCCUAGGUGGCAGUUAUGCCAUAAGAUAAAAAUUUAGGAAGUCUAUGCUACAAGUACAGCCUCAUUCAUUUUCAAAAGAGAGAAGGGAGGUUGAAGAAACUUACUUAUUAGUAGGAUGGAGAAAAGAGUUAUGGGGAUAAAGUAGAGAAACCUAGUUCUGUUGGUUCUAGUGUUUGAGCAGUGGAUUUGGUUAAUGAGAGAUGACAUGGUUUGGUGUUAAUUUAAUUACAACUAAUUAUUUGAUUAAUUGUAUCGAUUCAGUUGUUGUUUCUA